AUGAUAGGCGCAACGCGCCGCUGGCUUCGUCGAAAUCGCACUAACUUUGCCAUCGGUGCAGGCGUGUUGGGCGCCGGGUACCUUGCGGGGCAGUAUGCACUCGGGAAGCUGUCUGAAGCGCGUCAGCGCAUGAGCGAUGAUCGUAUCGCGAAGGAGAACCUACGUCGCCGCUUUGAGCAGAACCAAGAAGACUGCACCUUCACCGUACUUGCCAUUCUGCCCACCGCCACGGAGAACCUCCUAGACGCCGUACCUGUGGAACAAGUGCUGGAAGAGCUGCAAAAGCAGAAGGCCGAAAGGCUAUCGAGGAGUGUAGGACCUAGUGAGAUUGCAAGCACAGCACCGCCGAGUGUCGCAGAUACCACAGAAGACGAUGCGAAGAGCUCCAGCUUCCAGAGCGAGAGUUAUGUGCAUGCCAGCCAGAUAGCUGGUGAGGGUGAUAGCGUCAUAACGACAGGCAGUGCAGAAGGCAGUGCUGAGUCGGGAGAGCGCAAGAGCAAGAGAACCAAGGCACAGCUGUGGAGCGAGAUGAAGAUCAGCUCCAUAACACGAGCUUUUACGCUCCUAUACACCUUGUCACUACUCACCCUUCUUACCCGCAUUCAACUGAACCUCCUCGGCCGCCGCAACUACCUCGCGUCUGUUGUCUCCCUUGCAUCUCCACCUCCAGCAAAUCAAGAAUCGCGGAUAAACUUGGAGAACCACGACGAUGACAAUUUUGAGCAGGCCUACGGUAACGACUUCGAGACGAACCGGAGAUACCUGAGUUUGAGCUGGUGGCUGCUGCACAAGGGAUGUCUUAACCUCAUGGAGAAAGUGCGGAUCGCCGUGAAGGAAGUCUUUGGCACACUGAACCCGAGAGAAGAGAUCACCAUCGAAAGACUUUCUGAGCUUACUUUAGAGGUGCGGAAGAGAGUAGAGGGUGCGACGGAGGAAGAACGAAGAACGUGCAAGUGGCUGCCGUACCUCCUCCCCAGUCAAGACCAGGAAGACUACGUCCUGCGCGAAAGCGGAAUGACCACCUCCGAAGAGGUCACUUCUCCUACCACAUCCACGUCGCUCCGCCGCCUCAUUGACGAAACCUCCGACCUCAUCGACUCACCUGCCUUCACUCAUGUGCUCACCCGCCUCCUCGACGCCGCCUUCUCACAUCUCAUCGAUGUCAAGAUGUCUCAGCUCUCGUACAAGAUCCCACCCAUCUCCGAGAGCACUGCACGCGUACAAGAAAUAGUGGGCAACGAUGUGAAGGCCAAGGUCGCAAGCUCGCUCGCCGUGUUCUGUAGACAAGCGCACAACAUCGGCAGUGGAGCGAACAAUGAGUACCUUGCGGCAAUCGAACAAGUGCGUGAUCUAGAGGCUUUCGCUGCGGUCGUGUAUUCGAGCAACUUUGAAGUUGAGUCGCCAGAGUUCACUUCAACCCGGCCGACAAGUACGGUGUACGAGAGCAACAGGACGAGCCUGGCCACAAAUAGUGUGGACCCCCUUGCGCCAGGAUUCAGUCAGCCUGCGACUGCGAGAGAAAGCGUGGCCGAUCCUAGUUUUGAGAGCGCUUGGGGUAAAGCGUUGGCGAAAGAAGAUGGAAAGAUUGUCUAG